GUCGCACCACGUGACUCCCCAUCUAAAAAAAAAUUUCCAAGAUGGCGGAACCCGUCACGGGCUGAGUCCGUCGGAGGCGCGCUCCGCGCCGGGGGAGCCAUCGCCGCGCAGCUUCCCCGCCUCGCCCGCCGCCCAGGUUCCCAUCUUGAAAGCCAUCAGAAGAUCCCGUGCCACCCUCUUGGAUUACUCCCCACACAGCUCAGCAUGCCACCGUGCCCUGGAUUUUAUGAGGUGGCCAUGAUUUGAUUUUUUUUUUUGCCCCCCCUGCCGUUCCUAUGUUCUGUUGAAGCGCUGGAGCUCUGUCGAGCUGCUCUGUCCCGUGGAACCCGAGCCGUGUCCAAUCCCUCCUCCCAAGGACUCAGCAUCGCCAGCAAUGAGCUCCCAAAGCCAUCCAGAUGGGCUUUCUGGCAGAGACCAGCCAGUGGAGCUGUUGAAUCCACCUCGAGUGAACCACAUGCCCAGCUCUGUUGACGUGAGCACGGCGCUGCCCCUGCAAGUGGCGCCCGGCUCGGUGCCGAUGGAGCUGCGCCUGGAGCCGCAGUUCCCGGUGCCGGUGGCGGAGCCGGCGCUGCGCGAGCAGCAGCUGCAGCAGGAGCUCUUGGCCCUCAAGCAGAAGCAGCAGAUCCAGCGGCAGAUCCUCAUCGCCGAGUUCCAGCGGCAGCACGAGCAGCUGUCCCGGCAGCACGAGGCGCAGCUGCACGAGCACAUCAAGCAGCAGCAGGAGAUGCUGGCCAUGAAGCACCAGCAGGAGCUGCUGGAGCACCAGAGGAAGCUGGAGCAGCACCGGCAGGAGCAGGAGCUGGAGAAGCAGCACCGCGAGCAGAAACUGCAGCAGCUGAAAAACAAAGAGAAAGGCAAGGAGAAAAAAGGCCGAGUUCCAAAUAUUUGUUAUCAAGUGGCUCCAUUUGAUUUGGACUGCAGCCAACUCAACCCAACUCAACUCARCUCAAAACCCAAUUCAACUCAACUCAACUGCGAGUUGAGUAAAAAACUUCUGAGAGGUAAUCUGAGCCUAAACCCUGUUUCCUUUUGCUGGGCAGCCUCUGAGCCCAACCUGAAGCUGCGCUCCAGACUAAAGCAGAAGGUGGCCGAGAGGAGGAGCAGCCCCCUCCUGCGCAGGAAGGACGGGCCCGUGGUGACGGCGCUCAAGAAGCGCCCGCUGGACGUCACCGGCACGGCGGACUCUGCCUGCAACAGCGCUCCCGGAUCCGGCCCCAGCUCUCCCAACAACAGCUCCAACAACAUCAGCACCGAGAACGGGAUCGCCGGCUCGGUCAGCAGCAUCCAAGCYGAGACCAGCCUGGCUCACAGACUGGUGACCCGCGAGGGCUCCGUGACGCAGCUGCCCCUCUACACCUCUCCCUCCCUGCCCAACAUCACCCUCGGGCUGCCUGCCACCGGCCCUUCCAGCGCGGGCUCAGCGCAGCAGGACGCCGAGAGAUUGGCCAUCCCCACCCUACAGCAACGCAUCUCCCUGUUCCCUGGCACCCACCUGAGCCCCUACCUGAGCACUACAACGCUGGACAGGGACGGGGGCACUGCACACAACCCUCUCCUGCAGCACAUGGUCCUACUGGAACAGCCCACUGCACAAACCCCGCUGGUCACAGACUGGUAUCUUUCAGGACUGCCCCUGCACGCACAGCCCCUGGUGGGUGGAGAGAGGGUCUCCCCUUCGAUCCACAAGCUGCGGCAGCACCGCCCGCUGGGGCGCACCCAGUCCGCUCCCCUGCCCCAGAACGCCCAGGCGCUCCAGCAGCUGGUGAUCCAGCAGCAGCACCAGCAGUUCCUGGAGAAACACAAACAGCAAUUCCAGCAGCAGCAACUGCACAUCAACAAGAUCAUAUCCAAGCCCAACGAGCCGGCCCGGCAGCACGAGAGCCACCCCGAGGAGACRGAGGAGGAGCUGCGGGAGCACCAGGCGCUGCUGGAGGAGCCCUAUGGUGACAGGGCGGCUGCGGGGCAGAAGGAGGGCCCCGGGCUGGCCGGCGUGGUGCAGGUGAAGCAGGAGCCCAUCGAGAGCGACGAGGAGGAGGCAGAGCCACAGCAGGAGCUGGAGUCUGGCCAGAGGCAGGCGGAGCAGGAGCUGCUCUUCCGGCAGCAAGCCCUGCUCCUGGAGCAGCAGCGGAUCCACCAGCUGAGGAAUUACCAGGCGUCGCUGGAGGCGGCCGGMAUGCCCGUGUCCUUCGGGGGGCACCGGCCCCUGUCCCGGGCACAGUCCUCCCCCGCCUCGGCCACCUUCCCCAUGUCCGUGCAGGAGCCACCCUCUAAGCCAAGGUUCACAACAGGCCUUGUGUACGACACGUUGAUGCUGAAGCACCAGUGCACCUGUGGAAACACCAACAGCCACCCCGAGCACGCAGGCAGGAUCCAGAGCAUCUGGUCCAGGCUCCAGGAGACGGGGCUGCGGGGCAAGUGUGAGUGCAUCCGCGGCAGGAAAGCGACUCUGGAGGAGCUGCAGACGGUUCACUCGGAAGCCCACACGCUGCUCUAUGGCACCAACCCCCUGAACAGGCAGAAACUGGACAGCAAGAAACUUCUAGGUUCCCUCACGUCGAUGUUCGUCAGGCUGCCUUGCGGUGGUGUUGGGGUGGACAGUGACACCAUCUGGAACGAGGUGCACUCGUCCGGCGCCGCCCGCCUGGCCGUGGGCUGUGUCAUCGAGCUGGUGUUCAAAGUGGCCACGGGAGAGCUCAAGAACGGAUUUGCUGUUGUGCGGCCCCCGGGUCACCACGCCGAGGAGAGCACGCCCAUGGGUUUCUGCUAUUUUAACUCMGUGGCAAUCGCAGCCAAGCUGCUCCAGCAAAGGCUCAACGUCAGCAAAAUCCUCAUCGUGGACUGGGAUGUCCACCACGGCAAUGGUACUCAGCAAGCCUUCUACAACGACCCCAAUGUUCUUUACAUCUCCCUWCACCGCUACGAYGAYGGGAACUUCUUCCCAGGCAGYGGYGCUCCGGAUGAGGUYGGCACAGGGGCAGGAGUUGGGUUCAACGUGAACAUGGCAUUUACCGGGGGCCUGGAUCCGCCCAUGGGAGACACGGAAUAUUUAACUGCUUUCAGGACAGUGGUCAUGCCCAUCGCCAACGAGUUCGCCCCGGACGUGGUGCUGGUGUCGUCAGGUUUCGACGCCGUGGAAGGGCACCCCACGCCUCUUGGGGGAUAUAACCUGUCAGCAAAAUGUUUCGGGUACCUGACGAAGCAGCUGAUGGGGCUGGCCGGGGGCCGCGUCGUGCUGGCCCUCGAAGGCGGCCACGACCUGACGGCCAUCUGCGACGCCUCGGAGGCUUGUGUGUCUGCCCUGCUGGGCAACGAGCUCGACCCUCUUCCAGAGAAGGUUUUCCAGCAGAGAGCGAAUGCUAAUGCGGUGCAUUCCAUGGAGAAAGUCAUCGAGAUACACAGCAAGUACUGGCAUUCCCUGCAGCGCUUUGCCUCCACGGUGGGCUAUUCCCUGGUGGAGGCACAGAAGUGCGAGAACGAGGAGGCGGAGACGGUGACGGCCAUGGCAUCGCUGUCGGUGGCCGUGAAGCCGGCGGAGAAGAGACCCGAGGACGAGCCCAUGGAAGAGGAGCCUCCCCUGUAGCACCCACCUUCGAGCUGGAGUUCUCCUGACCGCUGGUCUUCAUCUCGAAGCUUUGCCAAGAAGCUUUCUCUUGUUACUCCUGCGUCCUGCCAGGGUUAUUUCCAGAGGGACGGCCAGGCGUAAAGCAAAGCAAGCGACACAAGAAAAAAAAACAAAUCUCUCCGUAUCUUUGAGUCUCUUUUUGCCGAAAAAAUCCGCUGGUGAAGAGCAGCAAAGGACUGACACGUUGGGCACUCUUCCUCCGGUCCUCACCGCGAGCGCAAAGAGGAACGACGCCCGGGAAGUCUUUGGCAGAGUUGCCAAAAAACAACGACAAAAAAACAACAACGAAACGUAAGAACGAUAAAUCAAAGAUUCAACAACGCAAAUCGAAUGAACCUUAACAUAAAACUGGUGCUUACAAAGUUGAUUUACCCACAAGUGAGCAAUCCGCGCUUGAACCACUCGGCCCACGGCGUACUUUCAUUUCUUGGAUAUUUGGAAAUGGCUCUUGCCUGCCUGCGAGCCAGGACGGCUCGCUUGGGAGAGGAUGUUGUGUUUUUAAUGGGGCGGGACAGGGAUUGAGGGACUCGUCUGACACCUGAAGGAAAGGGAAGGAGAAGGGGGAGGGGGGAAAGGGUAGCCCAGAUGGAGUCGGCUUUAUUAUCUCCAAAGCCAUCUGAAGAUGAGUUUGUGCCUUUUUUUUUUAAUUGAUGGAUUCGGUGCAGCUGGAUUUUCUGAAGUUUGAGGAACAAUGCCUUAA